AUCAGUGGGCGGAUCCCUCAAACAGCUCCGACCUAAAGCUCAGGACAAAGCAGAGGAGGAGCUGCAGGACGAGGCAGAGACCUUCAGCUCGUUGUGCAGGAGGAGCGAGCCCUGAGCCGCAGUGCUGAACGGCUGCUGCUGCUGCUGCAGCAUCAUCAUCAUCACUCCGUGUUUCUCGACACAUGUCCUCCUCACCUGUGACAACAGCCGGGAAAUUGACGAGGCGCCAACAUUUUGAACUCUACUCGUUGAGUCAAGGCCGAGUUAAUUCUGUUCUUGGAGCAAAUCCUCACGGUAUAGAGGAGAUCUCCCCACAGCAUGAUGUUCCUCUCAUGUCCAGCUUUUUAAGGACAUAAUCAACGUAGUACACGGUCGCGGGGCGCUGGAGCCGAUCCCAGCUGACAUUGGGCUGAUGCAGGGAUCACCCUGGACAGGUCGCCGGUCCAUCUCAGACAACAUCAUUCCACCCUUUCACUUUUGAGAAGUCCUUGACAUUUUCAAAGCUGCCGUCAUAAUCCACAGGUGUCUUGAGGAGUGAAUCCCCAAAUGAACACGUUACUGGUGAAUCAAGAUAUAAAAAUAACAGCUCCUUCAAUAAAUCAACAACUCACUGCAACACGGCCAAAAGAUUUGAGGGAUUCACGAAAACCUUUAGUUAAAGCACCACAACGCGGAUCAUUCACAGCCUGCCAGCACUUUGAUUGAUCUGUGGAACAUCUUCAGCCACUCGACUAAGAUUUAUACUUCACUUUGUAAAUCGCCAUUAAUGCCCCAAAAACUUAAUACAUUGACAACUGAACUGAGGACUGUGCAGAUGAUCUGAAAUUGAAGUAGUGACCUCAGCUUUUGUAUUACUAGCUUCUCUUGAAAGCAAGUGCGUCUCUGUGGGAGAAGGAGAGAGGGACAGUUCAGCCUAAGUAAAGCUCAGCGAGCUGCUCUGAGAGCUGGAGGGCUUCUUCAUUUGCACUUCUGAUUUGCCUGUGAUUUUUCUGCUGGAACCAUUUAUUUGUCCUGUGGCUUUGUGGGAAACAAUCAAUUCAAUCUGUUGACACCUGCCAGAUGUUACAAUGUGAUCCUCCUCUGGGUUUAGGAACCACACUCACUAACAAAGAUGGACCAACAGGGUUAUGACGUUCCUCUCAUCUUCGUACUGUAAAAUAAAUUGUGCACAGUAAACGAAUUCAACCGUCAAAACAUCCCCUGACUUCCAAGAUUAGUGACGCAAGCUACUGGGUUGUGGACUACGGUCUCUCCUCUCCUGCUCCACCAGGGUUCCCCCAGAGCCCAACCGGGCUGCAGCCCAUGCCGGGGCACCCCGAGCAGGGCACGGCCCUGUGCUUCGUUGGCCUCCUCUUGCUGCUGCUGCUCUUUUUCAUCGUUCGCUGCGUCCGUAUCUUAUUGGACCCCUACAGCAGCAUACCAGCCUCAUCGUGGACGGAUCAUAACGAGGGGCUGGACAGAGGACAAUUUGAUUAUGCACUGGUGUGAAGAUGAGGGGGGAUCGGGGGGGAACGGGGUGCAUUUGGAGACAUGUAAGGUUACUUUGAGGGACUUUUGAUGGAUGAUGUGUGUUCUGUGACCUGCUCUACUUCUAAAGUUUCAGUUGGUUAUGGUUGAGGUAUUUUAUCACAGCAUUAAAACCAUGAAACAGUAUCUGUAUAAGGAUUCAGUUCAGACAGAAAGGGAGCAGAAAACAGACGUCCUGCAUCCAUUUGAACUCCCAGUAAUAUGGGAGACUCUCGCUGCAGCUCCUGGAGAGACACAUUGCAGGAAGACACCGAUGGUAUCACAGCAUUACAUCAUGAGUCAUGACUCCUGUUUGUUCUGUCAUUUUGUAAUUCUAUAAUGUUUUUACAAAUACCAGGGUGGAAUUUAGAAAUAGAGAGCAGAGCUGCUGCAUGAGAGGUCCUGAUCGAAUGAAAGUUAAAUCAGAUGAGUUUAGGGGAGACAUGGAAGAACUAAGAUGCAGCGUUUCAUCAGAAUGAAGAUGUUAGUUUACCUGGAGCAGGAAACCUUUUUUAUGUGAACCAUGCUGAGUAUUGUGAGGCAUUAGUACAACCCUAACAUGAUCCUCAGGUAGAGUGAUUUAUAAUUCAUUUAAGCCUCUAUAAUUAGAGCAAAUUGCCUCGUGAAAUUGAGCUUUACCUUCUAUUUGUAUCCCUCUAUUUUCUUUAGAAUUCACUGUGUCCUGAAUUUCAAUCUUAUCCCAUUAUACAAGCUGAUGUUUAUAACACAUAACAGUUAAUACCAAUUAUUCUAUUUGUGAUUUUGCUAUUUCAUGUUGCCAACCCUUUAAGAGGCUUAUGAGGCUCAGGUCAGGGAGUCACGAUGCUGACUCAAUAUGUGUCAUAUAUAGUUAUGAUUAUGAUAAGCACCUAUUUCCUUCCUCUAAUCCUUUUUGCCUUUGAGCCCAGUCCAGUGCACCAGCCAAAUCUGUUCAACAGUGCCUGUAGGAAUAUGAGAAAAGCAAAAAACAAUGUCAUAUACUUACUCCCCCUUUGCCACUUGUUUUAAAAUGUUGUUUCUGCCCUUAUUUUUCUGUAAAGUUCUUUCUUUAUAAAUAAACUUAAGUAUUAUUAAUUUUCUGAUUUGUGAAAAAGUUAUUUUGUUUCAUUCAAGAAAGACUGUUUGUCAAUACCAAUUAUAUUGUGUACGGUCUUAUUUCCUGGAUGGAGACUUUUUAUGGUAAAAAAUUACAUAUUUUCCAAAUGUUUCUUAAAAUUCGCAUGACGUUUUAAAUGCAAUAAAAGCUGUUGUCUUGUC